AUGGUAACGACAACACAUACAUUUCCUAUUCCCACUCACACUCCUGCGCCGACUAUAGAAUAUCAACAACAAGAAACUCUUUCAACUCGCAAACGAAAAUCAACCUCUUCAAACCAUGGUCGUUGGACUGUAAAAGAACACAUGAUUUUUUUACAAGGGAUGAGUAAGUUUGGUUCUGGUAAUUGGACAGAAAUAUCUACUUUACUUGGUGGUACAAGAACUCCAGUCCAAGUGGCUAGCCAUGCUCAAAAAUAUUUUAAUAAAAUGGAGAAAGAAAAACAAAUUGCAGAGACAACCUCUGAGAAUAAAAAGAAGAAAUUAAAUAAGAGUAUAAAUGAUAUAAGAUUAAGAGAAGAUGGAACAUUUUGUUCUCCAAACUCAUUUCAAAACUGA